AUGAAGAUCACACUGCUUUCAUUGGUCCUUCUAGUUGCCUUAGGCACAAAGCCACUGCUUGGUGCAGCUGUUGCAUCAAAUGAGCUAGUUCUUGACACAUCUGGGAAGAAGCUCCGUUCAGGUACCAAUUACUACAUUAUUCCAGCUUCACCUAAUGUGGGUGGCAUUGACCUUGCAAGCACAGGUAAAGAUUGUCCUCUUGAUGUUGUAGCUGUGGAUGGUUACCAAGGCCUUCCUUUGAUAUUUAUACCAUAUAUUAACACCAAGAAAGGUAUUAUUCGUGUAUCCACUGAUCUCAAAAUUUAUUUCCCUUCUCGAACAUCUUGUCCACAGAAUUCAGUUUGGAGGCUUAAGGACUAUGAUUAUUCAACUGGGCAGUGGUUUGUGACCACUAGUGGUGACUGGGGCAACCCGGGUAGGAAAACCAUUAAGAAUUGGUUCAAGAUUGAGAUUUAUGAGGAUGCUUAUAGGCUCGUUUAUUGUCCAAAUGUGUGCUAUGAUUGUAGACGCCAAUGUAGUGAUAUAGGAAUAUACCAGGAUCAAUAUGGCAAGCGUCUAGCUUUGAGUGACGUGCCAUACAAAGUUCAGUUCCAGAUAGCUUGA